UUCCCUAAAUGAGGUAAUGGAUCCGUGUCGGGAGGCGAGUCGCCGAAUCUCGUGUGUUAAGUGGCCAUCGAUCUGGGCGCGAGUUGAAACAUUGAGCGUCACCCAUCCCGGUCAUCUCCGGGUGGGUAGCCGGGAUGUUUCGCUGAGGAGUGCGCUGGUACAUAACAAGAUCCGCAGGAGACGACCCACGCCAGCCACGCUGGUCAUCUACAGCGACCCAUCUGCUGCAGAAGCAGAUGACAAGAGGACAGCUAACAAUCCAGGAGAGGCCCAGAGUGCAGAGCCCAGUCCCCCGCAGAUGGACCAGAGCACGUACUCUCCACCCACCAUGAGAGAGCUGCAGCUGGUCAUGGAGCAGCACCUUCAGAAGCAGGAGCAGCUGGAGGCGGGGCCAGGCAAUGGCUCGGACCCCUUCGGUCCCACCGUGGAGCAACACUGCCCCAGCGCUGCCCAAUGGGCCAAUCGCAAUGGGCCUGAGCCCAAUGGCAACGAGGCCUAUGUCAGUUCAUUAUGCACUCCCGAGGACAGCAGCAACAGCACCAUUACUAAGGGGGAGGUGAUGACAUCAGAGGGCCAGCAGGAGAACCUGUCCAGUCCAUCAUCUAUCUCGCGGUAACCAGGCUUCAGAGGAGCUGCUUCCCUGCAGCCUACAGCCGUCCGUCUUUCCCAAGAUGCAUCUCACUCUGCAGACCGUCCUGACCGUUUCCACCCAGACCCGUAGCCUGCUGUUCAGCAAUAGUUUUCUUCUUAUAUAAGUAAUUAUUUGUUAUGUAAAAUUACAUUUUUUUAUCAAAGUUUCGUUUUGAUGGAAACCCUGCGAUGACUGAUUUUCUUGGACUUUCACCAUAGUUACCUUUUUAAAAAUGAAACUUGUAGUGUUUCCUGCUUUUUGACAGAGUUUGGCCUUAGUGAUGCAAUUAAUCUGCCUAUG